ACUCUCUGCAGAGGCAGUAGCUCUGAGUCUGCACCUGGCAGGGAAGUCUCAGCUCCUGGCAUCUGCAAGGAAGGAAGGGGAUAGCUCUCCGUGCUGUGAGGAAGCUGAGUCUGAGACAAGAUCCGAGUGUGUGGGGAGCCACGAUGCCAGCUCAGGGGCCAGGUGCCAGAUUCUGCCUCCUGCUGUUCCUCUCUCUGGCUGCCAGAGGGCGGGGUGCAGAUGGCCUGUAUCACCUCCGCACUGAGAAUGGUGUCAUCUACCAGACCUUCUGUGACAUGACCUCUGGGGGUGGUGGCUGGACCCUGGUGGCCAGCAUCCAUGAGAACAACAUGCGUGGGAAAUGCACGUUGGGCGAUCGCUGGUCCAGUCAGCAGGGUAACAGGGCUGACUACCCAGAGGGCGACGGCAACUGGGCCAACUACAACACAUUUGGGUCUGCAGAGGCCGCCACCAGCGAUGACUACAAGAACCCUGGCUACUACGACAUCCAGGCCCAGGACCUGGGCAUCUGGCAUGUGCCCAACAAGUCCCCCCUGCAGCACUGGAGGAACAGCUCCCUGCUGAGGUACCACACCAACACGGGCUUCUUCCGGAGACUGGGGCAUAAUCUCUUUGGACUCUACCAGAAAUUCCCAGUGAAGUAUGGAGCAGGGAAGUGCUGGACUGACAACGGCCCAGCCAUUCCUGUCGACUAUGACUUUGGUGAUGCUGAGAAAACUGCAUCUUAUUACUCACCAAAUGGUCAGCGAGAAUUUGUUGCAGGAUUUGUCCAGUUCAGGGUGUUUAACCAUGAGGGAGCUGCCAAUGCCCUGUGUGCUGGGAUGAGAGUCACUGGCUGCAACACUGACACUGCAUUGGUGGAGGAGGAUUCUUCCCAGAGGGCAAUCCAGUGCAGUGUGGGGAUUUCUCCUCCUUUGACUGGAACGGAUACGGAGCUCACCGGGGUUACAGCUCCAGCCGGGAGAUCACUGAGGCAGCUGUGCUCCUGUUCUACCGCUGAGAGCUGUGUGGUGUGAGAGAGGAAGCCAGCUCCUAAGCCCAGACCCUCAGAGAUGGAAAAAUGGAAUGCUAACAAGGAGGGGAAGGGAAUAAAUUACAUCACUUUGUGCA